AUACUGACUCCUUUUAGUUCUUUCUGUCGUGUUUUGCAAAGCAGCUCCUUGGGUUCCAUUCCUGACCCUCCGUUUCCCGACAGGUGGCUUGGCAUUCUGACCUUGUACCUCAGUCACCGAGGGAAGCUGGACUGCGCUGGAGGGGUCCCGCUCGGCACUUACUUGAUUGUGCUCAUAGUUCUCCUGGCUGUUAUUAUCUGUACCGUGUCAGCCAUCGUGUGUGUCAGCAUGAAAGGAACCAUUUGCAACCCUGGGCCACGGAAGUCUAUGUCCAAGCUGCUCUACGUCCGCCUCGCGCUCUUUCUGCCCGAGAUGGUCUGGGCGUCUCUGGGGGCUGCCUGGAUAGCAGACAGUUUUCAGUGCAACAGGGUCGUUGUGAUUGGCAUCAUCGCAACCGUCGUGGUCAGUUGGAUUAUCAUCGUCUCCACUGUGAUCACCAUCAUCAUCGUCUUUGACCCGCUCGGGGGGAAGGUGGCCUGGUACUCCUCGGCUGGCCCCAGCCUCCUGGACAGUCCCGAGUCGAGCCAGAUUCUCAGUGGCCUCAAGACAGCAGCCAGGAGCGUGUGGGAGACCAGAAUCAAGCUCCUGUGCUGCUGCGUCGGGAAGGAUGACCACACUCAGAUGGCUUUUAUGAGCACAGCAGAGCUUUUCUCGACCUACUUCUCAGACACAGACCUGGUGCCCAGCGACCUUGCGGCCGGCCUCACCCUGCUCCACCAACAGCAGGGCAGCAUCAGGAGCAGCCAGGAGCAGGAGGGGGUCAGCCAUCCCCCCGGCUCCUCCCAGGAAGAUGAUUUGGAUGCAGAAUUGGAGAACUGCCGACAUUACAUGCAGUUUGCAGCAGCUGCCUACGGGUGGCCGCUCUACAUUUACAGAAACCCGUUCACGGGGCUGUGCAGGAUCGGGGGAGACUGUUGCAGAAGCAGGACAACAGAAUAUGACUUGGUUGGAGGCGAGCAGCUCCACUGCCAUUUUGGUUCCAUCCUGCGGAUAACGGGGCUGCAGUACCGGGAUUUCAUUCACAUAAGCUUCCACGACAAGGUCUUCGAGCUCCCCUUUCUGGUGGCCCUGGAUCACAGGAAAGAGUGCAUUGUGGUGGCUGUGCGAGGAACCAUGUCUCUGCAGGACAUCCUUACAGACCUGUCAGCAGAGAGUGAGACCCUGGACCUAGAGUGUGAGGUGCAAGACUGUGUGGCACAUAAGGGGAUUUCUCAAGCUGCCAGAUACCUGUACCGACGACUCGUCAACGACGGGAUUUUGAGCCAGGCCUUCAGCAUUGCUCCUGACUACCGGCUGGUGAUCGUGGGGCACAGCCUGGGAGCAGGUGCGGCCGCCCUGCUGGCCAUCCUGCUCAGGAAGGUGCACCCGCAGGUCAGAUGCUACGCCUUCUCGCCGCCCCGGGGGCUGCUGAGCAAAUCCCUUCAUGAAUACUCUAAGGACUUCACUGUGUCACUCGUCCUGGGCAAGGAUGUGAUCCCCAGGUUAAGUGUGGCCAACAUGGAAGAUUUGAAGAAGCGAAUCUUGCGAGCGAUUGCUCACUGUAAUAAGCCCAAGUACAAGAUUCUGCUGCGCGGGUGCUGGUAUGGGCUGUUUGGAGGGAACCCAGAGGACCUUCCGACAGAGCUGGAUGGGGGCGACCACCAAGACCUGACACAGCCUCUUCUUGGGGAGCAGAGUCUGCUGACACACAAGUCCCCAGCAUACAGCUCCUCCAGCGACUCCCCGCUGGGGUCCCCCACCAAGUACCCCCCCCUCUACCUUCCUGGCAGGAUCAUCCACCUGGAGGAAGAGGGCACUGCAGGCAGGUGUUCCUGUUACACUUCUCAGUAUUCCGCAAGGUGGGCACAUGAAUCAGAAUUCAGCAAAAUACUCAUCAGCCCAAAGAUGCUAACAGACCACAUACCAGGCAUCCUGAUGAAAGCCCUGGACAGGGUGGUGUCAGACAGGGCCGUGUGCAUUUCCUGCCCUGCCCCAGGAGCCUCUAAUGCGGACAUGGUGUAAUCAAGAGCUACUGGAAACUUCCAGGACUGCAGACUCGAACCAUUGAUCUUCAAGUGACUUGCUCUUAAAGUGGAUCCCACGAUGACAGUGCACUGAUAGGCGUUUGACAGGCACUGAGCUUGAGAUGUCUAAAUGACGGACUGAUCUGAGAAAUCAUGCUAAUCAUAGUAUUAACGCACCAGGAGUCAGCAGAGCACAGAGGUCACAGGAUUCCUGAGACUGAACGUGCUCGAAGCUUCACAGGUGCCCCUUUCCCCAUGGCCUGCAGAUCCCCGGCACCUGAGAACUGCCAGGGACUCCAGCAGCCAGGUCUGGAUCUGUACACUCCCACCCCCAGGCCACUUUUCACUGGCAGGGUCUUGUCUUAUCCCUGUUCAAAGGAGUCUGAACUUGGCGUACAGGCGUGCAGUUUUUUAGCAAACUCAUUUUCCCAGCUAUACAAACUCAGUUCUCAGCUGCAAGGGUGCAGACUGGGGUUUGCUCCUGGUGGCACUAAAGAUCAGCUCUGAGCUGCAAUUGAGAACUGAGACAAAACCAGAUCAGGAAAGUGAGUGGAGACAGCCCCUGCCCCUCAGCCGCAGCCAUUCCUUGUUUACGUGUCCCAUUUGUCUCAUCAACCCAGUUGAUGUGAACAGUCCUGGCUCUUUUGUUGGCAGUGGACUCAGAGGGCGUUAAUAAAGCGCUUAAUGGUCA